AUGUUCGGAACAACUCAACACUGUACUAAAUUUUCCGCUCUCCAUGUGAGUGUCUUGCCGUGCCGUGCCGUGCCGUGCCGGUGUUGGUUUCGUUGGGGCGUCGCGUCGUCGCAGUGUCGUCGGGACGUCGCGGUCGCGGUGUCGUCGCGAUGUCGUCGGGGUGUCGUCACGGUGUCGUCGCGGUGUCGUCGGGGUGUAGUCAUCCCUGUCACCUCGUACCGAGAAUACGUCGAAUUACCAAUAACUCUCUAUGCAGCACUUGUGGUUUCUCGCAGCUCCAACCAUGUAGUU